AUGGACCCCCAAGCGAAGGAGCGAACCUGCGGGUUCAGCGGGCGCAUGGCCUCUCUGGGAGCCGACGGAGGUGACUCGGAGUCCGGAGCCGCCUCGGAGGAAGCUGGCGUCGGCUGCUGCAGCGACACGUUCAGCAGCCUGCAAGACAUGGAACAGGAAACACUGGAGGAUAAACUAAGAGGACUGGCGUUCAGAAAACAGACCUCGUAUCGUGUGUGUGUGUGUGUGUGUUUACCCCAGAGCUCACUUAAGAACUCUGCCAGGAGAAAAAAGCGAACAUCAUUUAAACGAAGGACAAGCAAGAAGGGACUGGAUGAGUCUAAAUGGCGUCCGUUCAUGUUGAAGCCUCUUCCUUCACCUCUCAUGAAGCCCAUCUUGGUUUUUGUCAAUCCCAAGAGUGGAGGCAACCAGGGUGCCAAGGUGUUACAGAUGUUAAUGUGGAUCUUGAACCCUCGACAAGUCUUCGACCUGUCACAGGGGGGGCUGCGAGAGGCGUUGGAGUUGUAUCGUAAAGUGCCAAAUCUGAGGAUCCUUGCCUGCGGAGGGGACGGCACGGUGGGCUGGAUCCUGUCCACUCUGGAUGAGCUGCAGAUGAACCCCCAGCCUCCGGUGGCUGUUCUUCCUCUGGGAACAGGAAAUGACCUCGCCAGGACACUCAACUGGGGUGGGGGUUACACAGACGAGCCGGUGUCCAAGGUUCUGUGUCACGUGGAGGACGGUUCGGUGGUGCAGCUGGACAGGUGGAACCUCCUGGUAGAGAAAGGUGCUGCGCAGCCGGAGGAGGGAACACAGAAGCUGCCUCUGAAUGUGUUCAACAACUACUUCAGCCUGGGCUUCGAUGCUCACGUCACCCUGGAGUUCCACGAAUCCAGAGAGGCCAACCCAGAAAAGUUUAACAGUCGCUUCCGCAACAAGAUGUUCUAUGCAGGGGCUGCGUUCUCAGAUUUCCUACAGAGAAGCUCGAGGGAUUUGUCCAAGCACGUCAGAGUGGUGUGCGAUGGUACCGAUCUAACUCCGAAGAUCCAGGAGCUGAAGUUUCAGUGCAUUGUGUUUCUAAACAUUCCCAGGUACUGUGCAGGCACCAUGCCGUGGGGGAACACAGGCGACCACCGGGACUUUGAACCGCAGCGACACGACGACGGCUGCAUCGAGGUUAUUGGCUUCACCGUGGCCUCUCUGGCGGCGCUACAGGUCGGCGGUCACGGAGAGCGAUUACACCAGUGCAGAGAAGUCGUCCUCACUACCUUCAAGACUGUACCUGUUCAGGUGGACGGUGAGCCGUGUCGACUGGCUCCCUCCACGCUCCGCAUCUCCCUCCGAAAUCAGGCCAACAUGGUCCAGAAGAGCAAGAGACGCACCUCUGUGCCCCUGCUUAACGAUAUUCAGAAGGUGUGUGCAGCAGAUCUGCGCCGCCUCUCUGCUCCCCCCGACUCCUUCUCUGUUCCUCACGCAGUUCCAGAUCGUCUGCGUCUUCGAGUGAAUCGGAUCAGCCUGCAGGAGUACGACCGACUGCAGUACGACAAGGAGCGGCUACGAGACAUCUCCAUCCCAGUGGGCAUCGUGGUGGUGAGGGGCGACUGUGACCUGGAGACGUGCAGACUCUACAUCGACAGAUUACAAGAGGACUUACACCAGGCGCCAUCUACUGGCCACAGGGUGCACUAUCAGGACGAGAGCAGAGGCGUCCCGAGGACCAGUUCCACCAGUAGACUCUCUCCCAACUGGAGCUUCUUGGAUUCCACGUCAGCUGACCGCUUCUACCGCAUCGACAAGGCUCAGGAGCACCUCCACUUUGUGACGGAGAUCUGUCAGGACGAGGUGUUCAUCCUGGACCACGAGGGACCGACGGUGAACCAGGGAUCGUCCACAGCGAUGCCUGAUCUGGUGGUGGAGCCGGCCGCCGGUGUUUCUUUGACACCCGACGAACAAGCUCUGCUGACGGCUGCCGGUACAGGAGACCUGUCUAUGCUGUCGGAGUGUGUGCGUCGAGGCGUCAGCUUGCUGGUUAGAGACUCCAGAGGUUGUUCAGCGUUACAUAUAUCCGCCCAGAACGGACACACGGACCUGAUCAGCUUCAUACUGCAACAGGGCUCUAAGGUGCUUCUGGAUUUGACCGACAGAGAGAAAGGGGACACUGCCUUGCACAAAGCAGCCUCAGAGAAGCAGCAUGCCGUGUGUCGGUUGCUGGUGGAGGCCGGGGCGUCGCUCGAAAAAGUCAACUUUCAGGGGAAGACACCCGCGGACCAAGCGGAGGGAGACUCGGAGCUCGCCGCCUUCCUGAACGCCCAACAACAAUCUACCACCCGCGAGGACCUGGAGACGGCUGUCUGAGGCGCACACACACACACACACACACACACACACACACACUCUGCCUCUCUGGACUCACACACACACACACACACACACUCUUAGUGGAGAGUGUGUAAGUGUAAAUAAAAACAAAUAACGGACUCUCUGCAGACGGAGACACGAGACAAACCAGAGCAGUGAACUGCUUCAGCUCACAGCAGCUGGAGAUUUUAAUGGUCAACUAUUUAUUUGUAUUUAUUUAUUCAUAUUCUAUUUAUUGGUUGUGCUGAUUGAUUGAGGAUGCAAGUGCACUUUGAGCAGCCGUCGUGAGUUCACGUGUCGUUUAGGAGAGCCGAACUCGUGAAAACACGUUUGUUUUUGGUCACAAUUCAUAUUUUAAGAAAGAGAGUGUGUUGAUAAGCAUUUAGAAAAACGUUUGACCUAAAUACUUAAGUUUUGUAUUACGUUCACCCCAUAAAACCUGUGUGCCAAAGACAUUACAUGGAUGUAGUGUCACAUCUGCUCCCAGAAUCACAGCGGUUUGUUUUCACAUGAAUCUCUGCUUUCAUACCAAAUUAAUGUUUCAUUCAGCGUCACUGGGUCAACGGAGGGCUUUGAUAACGUUAUGAAGGUCCGACAUUAUCUAAAGUACAGAAAGAAAGAAGGAAGAAAUCUUUUUGUCUUAACGUUUAAAACCAGUGCUACAAGUUUCUCAUAAAAAUACCAGAAACAACAAAAUAAAAUAGAUUUGAUAUGUUUUAAGGUAUCACAAGAUAAAUAAGAGUGUUGGGAACCUCUGGUUUAUUCCAGUGUUGGAGGUAAACCAGGAAGAACGUUCUCUCAUUUACCUUUAACAGCAUUUCGUUGUCAGAUAUGGUUAUAAAGAAAUCUAUGAAGCCAGUAUCAGCCCAGUGUGGAGGAUAGUUCAGCCGUAAUGCAGCCAGUUGACUAUGGAGGACAGACCAGACUCGUUUAAAGCAUAAUCACUAACUCCAGCUGACGUCACACGAACAUAUUUUAACUUUUCAUAGUGUGUAUCUGGUACUCCUGACCCGACAAGGCUUUUCACAUGCAGCUUGUGAGUGUGUGUGUGUGUGUGUGUGUGUGUGUGUGUGUGUGUGUGUGUGAUAGGAUUCUUCAUUCCAUAUCAAACCUGAAAAGAGAAUCAGUACAGCUGCAACACAAACAGUCUUCUCUCUGUGCAGCAUGUACGUGACCACAGACUGUGUGUUGCUGUAAUAGUGUAUGUGUGUGUGUGCGUGUGUGUGCAGCAUUUAUCCAAGAAGAAGAUAAAAAUCUGAGCCAUAUUCAAUGCAAUAUGAAUCGAUGACGUCUUUUGCAUUUCUAUAUUAAUCGUUUACAUUACAUUAAUGUUUUGAACAUUACCUUUUAGCACCGAGGAGUAUUGAAUGUGCAUUUUUACUUCAGUGCUGGUCGGUUACAUGAUUGUCCUGUUCUUUUAUUUCUUAUGUUACUUUGUGUGCAUGUACAUGGAUCGAUCUUUUAAAAAACAACCCUGCGAGGUCUCUUUUGAUAUAACCUGUUGUAAGCUAAAUUGAUAUAUAAAGUAAGAACUGCUUUGAAUUAUUUUAAAGACUCCGUAGCCAUCGUGGAAGUCUGACGGCUUUUAAACUUUUGGAAAUCCCGUUUUUUUUAACUGCUACUGAAACUCGGUGUUGCUCAGACUUGUUUUCAUGAGUCAUUGCUGACAGUUUAUUUUCUCUUUACCAUUGAAACCAACACAUGGGAAGUUUUAUUUAAAAAUAUAGCCGUCACACAGUUUUACUUUAAUAUAUCUGAGAUGUUCUGCUUCACUUCUGAGUAAAUUCCCUCGACUAAAUCCACGCUUUCAAGCCUCUCAGAUACGAUUUUCUUUGUCUUUUCACGAUUGUUUGCUUCUACGAUGGCUGCCGCUGUCUCUCCAACACCGAGAGCUUCCUCUGAGUGUCUGGAGACGAUUAAAUGAAAUCCUCAAACUGAACUCUCUGUGAAUGGAGACGACCUUUCUAUGAAGCCACUAUAAGCUCGGCCCGCUCACACGCCUCUUAUCACUCCAUGGAGUAGAAACUCUGUAUUAGAUUACGUCUCUCAUCAGCGUUUGUUUAUGCAUGGCAUUCUCUUACCUCUUUCUUGGGAUUAUUUUCUGGUAAUAUGGCAUAAAAAAUGGCAUUAUUGUUGUUUUAAACUAUUUAAUUAUGAUAGUUUUAUUUCUACCUGAGUUUCCUCUUUGGUUGGACAUGUGGUUAUCUUUUGCUUUUGUAUUUCUUAUUUUUCUGAUGACGAUGAUGAUGAUGAUGAUGAUGGGAUUACUUGAAGUUUGUUGUUUUAUUUUAUUAAUUUGUUAAAAGAAGAUGUGAUGCUGUA